ACCAGGCACUGCCAAUCAGAUUAUGGGGGAAAAAAUCUUUACAUGAGACAGUAAACGUUCUGAAAGAAAAUAAACAUUGAGACAAUACAGUAGUUAUGGCAAAGGAUAAGAAGAAAAAUGGCAAGAAAGCAGAAAAAUCUGUACGUCCUCCUAUCCCUGCACAAGAUACUACAGCUGAGAGUAGUUCAACAAAGCUGACGGAUUUGCAGACCUUAAUGAAUGGAGUGGAAGAAACACAGGCAAAUCCAGUGAUAACGGAUAAAGAACCAGAGGUGGUAGAGGAACCUCCAGUCCAAGAUGUUCCUCAAUACUAUGAGGAGCCUAUUCUUACUCAAGUUAUUGUGAAAAGCUAUGAAGGUGAAAAAGUCCACGGAUUGUAUGAGGGUGAAGGAUUUGCAUAUUUUGAGGGGGGAAAUACAUAUAAGGGCAUGUUUUCUGAAGGGCUUAUGCAUGGACAAGGGACUUACACAUGGACUGAUGGAGUGAAGUAUGAGGGAACAUUUGUUAAGAAUGUGCAGAUGUUUAAUGGCCGUUAUACAUGGAACGAUGGCAGCAUUUAUGAAGGAUCAAUAAAGAAUGGAGUUAGGCACGGAUUUGGAUUUUUCAGGAGCGGUACUUGUCCUGUUUCUUACAUUGGCUAUUGGUGUAAAGGCAAAAGACAUGGAAAGGGUACCAUGUAUUAUGAUCAGGAACAUACCUCUUGGUAUUCAGGCGACUGGAUAAAUAAUGUCAAAGAAGGAUGGGGAAUGAGAUGCUAUAAGUCUGGAAAUAUCUAUGAAGGUCAGUGGGAGAAAAAUGUACGUCAUGGAAAAGGAAGAAUGAGAUGGUUGACAGCUAAUCAAGAGUAUAUGGGACAGUGGGUGUAUGGCAUACAGCAUGGAUAUGGCACCCACGUAUGGUUUUUGAAGAGAAUGCCUGGAUCUCAGUAUCCUUUAAGGAAUGAAUACAUAGGUGAUUUUGUAAAUGGGGAACGACAUGGACAUGGGAAGUUCGUGUAUGCCAGUGGAGCAGUGUACGAUGGUGAAUGGGUUUGUAAUAAGAAACAUGGCAAGGGCAAGUUUGUCUUCAAGAAUGGUCAUGUUUAUGAAGGAGAGUUCACAGAUGAUCAUAUAGUAGAAUAUCCUGCUUUUCAAGUGGAUGCAAUGAGUGCAAAAGAGCUGAAUGCCAUUUGCACAGGAAGUAAUUUUGGCACUGAAAAUAUCGCUAUCGUUAAUGGUUUAGAAAAUACUUCUAUUCUGGGAUCAGAUAUUGAGUUGGAUAUAUCUUCACUGCUUGACUUGUUGCCAAGGGAAGAAAGACAUGAAGAACUGAAACAAGUAGAAUUUGCUGUGUUGAGGCAUAUUACAGAACUGAGAAGAGUUUACACCUUCUACAGUGGCUUAGGCUGUUAUCAUUCUCUUGACAACACCUUCCUCAUGACUAAGCUCCAAUUUUGGAGAUUUCUGAAGGACUGCCAGUUUCAUCACUCCAACAUAACUCUUGCCGAAAUGGAUCGGAUAUUGAGCGGUGAUAAAACACCACUUGAGGAGAUACAUUGUCCACAUGAGACUUUACUGUUCAGAACAUUUUUGUCUUACCUUAUUCGUCUAGCAUUUCAUAUCUAUCAUGAAGGCCACAAGGAGAAGGGUCCUUAUCUGCAUAAGUGUUUCUUAGAAAUGAUGUCCAGGAAUGUUAUUCCCACCGCCUGUUGUAUCCAAGGUGUCUUAUUUUCUGAAGAACGAUGUACAGUUUUUGCCAUGAGCUACAUUGACAAAUGUUGGGAAAUAUACAGAGCUUUUUGUAGACCGAGUACCAGACCUCCAUUUGAACCCACGAUGAAAAUGAGGCACUUCCUUUGGAUGUUGAAUGAUUUUAAACUUCUCAGCAAACAAUUAACUGCUUCAAAACUUGUGGAAAUACUUGUCAAAGAUGGUCCCUCUCUACAUGAUAGCAGUAGUACCAACCUGGAGCCAGAGUUGGUUUUUCUUGAAUUUGUUGAAGCUCUUCUUGAUUGUGCAUUGGUGUAUGUUACCAGUGAUAUGAUUAAAGAGCAAGUAGCUCGUGAUAAUCGGAAGAGAAGUAGACUCGAGCGCCUCUCCAAGGGAACCACAAAUAUGUCUCUGUACCCAGAAUAUUCUCUGUCCCAGCCACUGAGACCUUGUGAAGACAGAGGGCAUCCUCUUCAAGAAUUUCUACUGGUAUCAGAUACUGUCCUCUCAUUUCACACAACUCAUGGAGAUAGCAAAGAUGUUCUGUCAUUGUUCAGCUGGAAUGCACAAAAAGAACAAGAUUUCUGUCCUGCAAAGGAAUUGACAGAUGAACCAAAAGAAGCCAAAACGGAACAAGAUGAGGAAUUCAGUCUGUGGCUGUGUCGGGUGCAAAUCUUUUUUACAACUAAGUUCUUUCCUGCCUACCACCAUGAAAAAUUGGUGAGGGAAAAAAUAAAAGAAAAUAAAAUACAGGAUGCUGAAUUAGCUGAGCUGAGAAAGAUCAAGGAUGAGGAGCUGGCAAAACUUAUUGCUGGAAGAGAAGCAGAAGAGGCAAAAAGGCAAGAAGCAGCUACAGCAGAAAAAACAUUUGACUCCAGGGAUGCAGACUUUAAGGAGUUAGAGGAGCCUGUCACACAGUUAGUACCCCCUCCAGAGGCACCCACUGUAGGACCCCCAGUUGUUACAAAGGUGCCUGCUGGCAAAAAGAGAAAGAAGAAAUAAAUCUAAUGAGAACUACUGAAGCUUCAAAGGUCAAGUUUUACAUUGCACCAACUACUGUGCGACACUCUUGAAUGAACUGUGUGUGGAAAACAUACUCAAAAUACAUGUAUUCCUCCCAAACAUUUUGUCCUUGAGGGAAGAAGCAGUAGAUGGUGACAGUAAA